CGAUCGAGGACCGAAUGGAAUUGUCAAAACAGCAGCGAUUGCAUCAGCUGGAGCAGCAAGUCCAGCAGCUGAAGCAGCAACUGCUGCUGCGGCAGCAGCAAUUACAACAGCAGCAGCCGCAGCCGCAGCCGCAGCGAAGAAAUUUUAGAAGAGGAGCUGGGCGGUCGCGUGGCCGGUGGUACGCCAGGCGGGCGAACUACCGCGGACAAGGAGUAAAUAAAUACUGUUUUCUUUAAAUAAAUAAAUAAAAUAAAAUACUUUAUCAAAUGUGUAUUGAUUGUUUAACAAGUCCUUUUUUCAGGUUCUAAGUUACUUUAUAAAAGUAUUUAUGGCGAAUUCGAUUGGAUGCACUAGUGCGCACUGAGUGCAUACUAAGGCUUGGUUACAAUCACUUUUUAUAAGAAGAAACAUAAGAAUAUAAAUAUAAAAAUUGACCGUACACAAGCCUUGGUGUGCACUCAGUGCGCACUAGUGCAUCCAAUCGAAUUCGCCAUUAGUUAGUAUUUAGUUUCCGUUUUAGGCAUCGUGGCACCAGAGAGGAACCUGAGAGCGGCCAUGCCCCUGUAUUUUGUGUAACGCUGUUCGGUCGCUGAUUCGAGCGCCAUCGCAUCCACUUUUUGUGGAUGUCGAGAACUACGAAGCCACAUCCACUUUCGCGCGGUGUACAUCCACUUUACUGUCGAUAAGUAGUUACUCGAAUUGGUGCGAAUGUGCCAACACAUUAACAAACUGCUGAAAAGCGACGAAAAUGACAUAUGUUAAUAACAAUACGCGCAUAGAGAAGUGUUCACAUCUAUUAAGAUAUGUGCAUUCGUAUAAAAAUUACAAAAAUACGCAAAAAUACACAAUUCUAAGAAGAAUUUAUAUAAAAUAUUAUUAGGGUAAGAGGUACAGUUAUUGAUAGGGAUAUAGUUAUUGAUAGGGAUACAGUUAUUGACACAUUAACUCUUUUAACUUAAAUUU